AAACUUUCAUUACGCGCGCAAUCCGACAGAAUAUAUUGUCCCGCCUCUCUCUCACCUGCAUGAAUUGAACUGAAUGAUAGAUAAUUUGAGAAUGGAUUUUGACGAACAAAUUUAAACGAACGUGAGGCGAUAUUCAAUUUCCGACUUUUGUUUGAAAUUGUUAACGAAAGUUCUUAAAAUGAAUGUGUAAUGAAUGCGAUUUGUUUUCAAAGACGCGAAAAAAAUUUUAUCUCAUAACACAGAGUGACGAAAUAAAUUUGCGGUUGAAACAAUUUGCUCCGGGACUGUUGGCUGUUGUAUCAAUUAUCGUUUGCGGAAUUUAUCCUCGAAUCUUGAUUGUCUCAGAACAGUAGAGUGUCUAGCAAACUCCAAGUAAAUUGUAAAUAAUUUGCUUUAACAAAGAUCAUAAGCCUCCAGAUCCUAGAUCAACUGAAUCAUCUCUUUACUCUACGAAAAGAAGUUCAAAGCAAGUUCAGCUGUAAGUAAUGAAUAUGUUCACACCCCGUGGAUACACCGCUGUGCCUCAGGAAGCUGCCUCGCAGGAUGAAGACGAAAGCAUCGACAAAAACCCCUUGUCACAGAGUUUUAAUCAGCGCAAGAACUUGAGUGCCUUGAAAAAUACUGAAGCAAUGCAUAGCACGUCCCGAAACUCAAGAGAGAGUGAGGUCGAAGAGGGCGAAACAAAAGAACGGCGAGUUAAACGCAAUGUGAGAUUUGAAUCGCGGAGUUUGGAAGAGAGACCCGAACCCUUGUCAAACGCUCGUAGACUUUGCUUUGUUGUAUCUCUAAUGAUCUGUACUUUGACCAUUUUUGUCUUUGCAUUUACCGUUCCUUGUAAAGGUCCAUCAUGCAACGUUGCAAACAUGAUUACAACCGUAACCAGCAAUUUGGAGGAAUUUCACAAAAAUUGGUCAAUGUCUUUUCCUGCGUUUUCAACCGGAAUCGUAUUUCAUCUAUCCUCGUCAAAAACAAGAGAAGUCGUAGUAAGUUAUAAUGGCAAACAAGAGAUCUCAAAACAUUCCACUAAAGUCACAAAACAUGAAAUCCAUAAAACCACUGGGAACCAGAAAAAAUGGAGUACAAAAGAAUCUGGCCUAAUUUCAUUAAAAGAAGACAAUGGUGAAUUUUUGUGGUUGUUCAAUGCCUCAGAUGUUGUGAAACUUAUCGAGUGUAGGACAGAUGAUAACCAUUUUGAGACAUGUCUGAUUCAAAGUUCUCAUGGACGAUUACAAUUAAUAAAUCCAAAGCGUAAUCAGAUCAUUUGGUCAACCCGUAUCUUAAUCGGAUCUAUAUUACCCAGUAUAAUUAUUGGCAUCAAUGAUUGUGACGGCGAUGAUGGACGAGAUAUACUACUUAGUUAUGAUCGGUUUAACACUACAUGUAUGCUUCCAACCAAUAAGACAUUUUGCACACAUCCGGGAGUUGUACAACUUAUAUCCGGUCGCACAGGGUACCCAUUGGGCAGUAGACUGAACAUCCCUCAAAGUCACCUUAUAAAACGCGUAUCCAUCCACUCUACAAGGCAUGCUGAAAAUCUGAUAUUUGUAUUGACAGUCGGUAAUAAAGGUCAUCUUAAGGUUAUUUCAAUCCAGAAGCUCUAUCGUAAAAUUUUAGAAGGUAUGGACAGCGAGCCUACAUUGUUUAAUAAUUCCACUCUGAGCGUCUCCGACAUCGUAUCGACGGACCACGAGCCUGUUGUGAAGGAUUUAAAUAAGGAUUUUGUGGAAGACAUAAUUUUGGUGACGUUAGCUGGUAAUAAGCACUCUUUAACGGCUGUAGAUGGUGGUAAACUUAAGAAGAUGUGGAGAAUUGCAUUUGGAUCCAGAAAAAUGUUAAGUCAACCUGUGAUUGGACAUUUCAAUGAUGACGAGAUUCCAGAUAUAUUGGUCAUCCUUGAAGAUCCAGUAUUAUCAUUUUUUAACCAGUCCCUCGUGCAAAUUCUAGACGGACAAAACGGAAAUAUUUUAUGGACUAGAAAACUGCGUUUGGCCAAGAAUACCACCCCGUUAACUGCAAACGUUCGAUAUAAAAGUGAUAUCUUCCUACUCUGGAUUGAAAAAGAAAGCAAGCGAAAAUACAAGAAGAUAUUUCUUUCAAAAGCACCGAAAGAAUCAUCAAAUGACAUUGGAAAACAAGUAAAUGCAGGGAAAAGUAAAUCACAGGCAGGAAUACGUGGAAAACAAGAAACUCAACCCGCAAUGAGUGUGGCAAAUACCCAUCAUGUCUUGCAGACGAAUGAAAGCGAAAAUUCAAUCGCUCAGGAUGGGCAUCAUCGUUCUCCACGCAGUACAAAAUUCCGUAAGGAAGAGCGAUCUGUAAAUGAUAUGACAGAUGAGUUAGAUUCUCUUGUUGAUGAGAUUUUUGUGAAGGACAAUAAAAAUAUUCCUCGAACUAAAUCUAUCAAUAAACCCCUCAGGAAUGUAAAGAAGAAUGGCAACACACACAAAAUCCUUGAAGAUAUUCUAAAGAAAGAAGGACAAUCAUUAGAGGUGGUGAAGAAAGAACAUGGUUCCCUUGCUGGAGGGGCAAAGGCAACUAUUAGUACAAGGUUGGUCAAACAAGGACCUAAAUUAUAUACGAUUCAUGGUAUGCAUAAACCAAGCAUGCAAACGAGGAGAAGGUUCAGGCAGAUGACGAGCAGCUCUAGCCAUGGAAAAUUAGGUGAUGGAAGUAAAAGUAAGCCUACGACGGCGAAUAUUGUUCAUACGUUAACGGAAGGACAAAAAUUCAAAAAAGUUAUAAUUAACAAAGUUGACAGUAAAAUGGAUGAUCGUGGAGAAACUACCAGCUCUACUUUGCCAACCACCCAGCCUGAAUCUCGUGUUUCUGUAAAAACUGCUAGGAUUAAUCCCACCACAAACGAUGGUAGGAUCGAACAGGUUAUAGUCCAAAAUUCUAUCCGACAAGUUGGUGAUCAUCAUGGUGGUAAAAAUGAGCAUGGAAUACAAAGUCAAACUGCUAUUUUGCCCACACAUCGUGAAAUCCAAAAAACAAGAGCAAGAGAAAGCGGGGGAAAACUCGAUCAUGUUGGAAUCCAGAAACGUCUCGGAGAAAACCGCAACAGUAAUCAUCCAACCAAUGAUGUAACACUACCGACAUCAAACCCAAAAUACCAACAUAACAAAGCUACAACUGGCAAAGCUGUUAUUCGUAAUAUCCACCAAAUUAGUGAAGACGUAUUGUUGGCCAUCCAUCCAGUUACUAGACCAGACCAGAUUCAUCAUUCUGGCAAAACAAAUACCAAAACUGCUGCAAUAAAGUUUAAAAAUACUGUACGAGCAACAUAUUCUCCAUACAUACAAGGUCACCGUCACACUGAAGUUACUGUAAAAACAAUGGCAGAUUUUAAGUCCAAAAGUACACCUAACAAAACAAGGUCUGGGAAAGAUAUUCUUAUUUUGCCUACCAAAAUUCCUACAACUGAACAACCAACCAGCAAUACUUUAACAAUACUGCUGGAGAAAAAACAUCAACGUCAAAUUGAGAGAAAAACGACCCAAAGCAGUCCAAAGCACCCAAAACAACAAAAUGGUAAAAACGAGAAACUUAAAGUUGACAUUCCUCGUGGAAAAAAAAUAUCUUCCCAUGAUAUGAAUAAGCAUAGUGGCACUACAAAUAAACUUGAAAAUAGACCAGAACAUUUGAAUAAAUCAAACCACGACCAAAAUAUCGUAAAUAAGUUGAUCAAAUCAAAUGUGUCAGCCUCUUCAUCACCACAUCCAAAAGCUAACAAGAAAGUGAGGCUUUCGAAUGGAGGAAAUAUGAACGAAUUACUUGGUAAUAAGAAAGCGAUUCCCCACCUACAUUCAAUAGAAGUUAACAGAACCGGACACCUGGAUGAAAAUAAGAUGAUUCGAGUAAUAGAGAGAAAAUUAAAGCCCAAUACUUCAGGAAUGCCAAGGAAGCAACAACUAUCAAAUACCAGCAAAGACCACCGACCCAAAGCAAGUGGACACCAGACAACGUUGCAACACCCGACAACCAUAAACCACCACCAUACCAGCGAUGAGAAGAAGAAACACGAUAUUCCAUGUCCUGAUGGGUUCAAUCUUGCUCUCAUCGCUAUAUUUCCAAACAGUCACAAAAACUCGUUUUCAAUCGUAUCGCAAGAGAACAGUAUAAAGAAACCCAAAGGUUCCUCUGCACCAUGUGGCACGCUAUGGCCUUCCCUAAACACCAGUCCGCUUGUACGAGAUGCGGACAGCGAUGGAUUCCUGGACAUUGUGUAUGCCGUUAAUUAUGGUCGUGUAGUACAGAAUGCGAGAACAAUGAAAGUUAGAAAAUUUAGUUUGAAAGUAGACUCAGAAGAAUGAGUUGACAUAAUUUUAAAACAAAACAUUUGUCGAAUUCAACUAUCCAAGAUGUGAGUUAUAAAGUAAAACAAGACCCAGUCGUUCAGGUUGUGAUUUUAGACUAAAAUGUUGAAUGAAAAAUUGUUUUAUUGUACAACUCAAAUCUUGAGUAAUAUAACUUAUUUAUCGCAUAUUGACACAUUAGUAAGUAGCUCAUCAAACUGAGACUGAGUGGGUUUUAUUAUGAGUGCCUUAAAAAAAACACUGUCAGGUGUCGGUAGGGGUGUACUUUGUUUACCUGACUUUGUUUACCUUGUACUUUUAAUUUCUGCCAGCGGUGGUGUAUGGUAGCAUCAGGUAGCAUGGUCUUUCCUGGUUAUAUACGGAUAUAUAGGUUUACCACCUGUACAAGUAAAACGGACGGUAUUUUACUUUACUGCCUUUAACUCGUGAUGAACUUUCCAAAAAAAAUAUUACCAUGCAGACCCAAUUCUAUAGCUGGACGUUGGUUACAAUUUACAAUGAGGCGUUUCUUUGAUCAAAUGGGAGGAUAUCUGUUAUGAUGUUUAUAUAAUGCAUAAUUUCAAGAUUAUAGCUAAUCGUUGCUAGCUUGUUGCAGCACGAUUCAGUUUGCGAUUGUUUUGGGGUUUUUUAUUGAAUGCACCAGUCUGCAUGUGC